GUUGCGGCUUUUCGAAUCGCUUCAGCUCUCCUCCCUCUCGACGCCGGCUCCAAUCCUUCAGCCUUUGAAUGGCGGAGGCGGCGGAGCUGUGCUGCAUCUCUCACGCGUUCGACCGUGCCGCUCGCCGCGACCCCGGCCGCCUCGCCGUCAUCCACGCGGCGGCCUCCGGUGGCGACGGCAAGGAGCGCCGCUUCACCCGCGGGGACCUCCUCGCCGCCGUCGCCUCGCUGUCCCGCCGCAUCGCCGCCGCGCUCGGCGGCCCUUCCACCGACCCCCGCGAGCGCUCAGGGUCUCGAGGCGGCGCCGCGGUGCCAAGGGUCGUCGGGGUGCACGCCUUGCCGUCGGUGGAGUACGUCGCCACCGUCCUCGCCGUGCUCAGGUGCGGUGAGGCGUUCCUGCCGCUGGACCCGGCGUGGCCGGAGGAGAGGGUCUCGUCGGCCAUCUCCGAGUCCAACGCGGCGCUCCUGGUAUCGUCGGUUGGGUCGCGAGGAGCCCGUUCUGUGUUUGAGAGCUGCACUUGCCCUGUUCUGCACUUGGGCACUGACAUCCGGCAAUGGUCUUGGGACGAAAAUGGUGGAGAGUACCUUGCCUGGCCGUGCGAGCACGAGAGGCCCCGGAAGUUCUGCUACGCGAUGUUCACCUCUGGCUCCACUGGGAAACCCAAGGGCGUUUGUGGCACCGAGAAAGGUCUUCUCAAUCGCUUUUUGUGGAUGCAAAGAAGGAAUCCUUUGUGUUCAGAUGAUGUGUUGUUGUUUAAGGCAUCUAUCAGCUUUGUUGACCAUCUACAGGAGUUCCUUUCUGCGGUGUUGACUUGCACAACACUUGUCAUUCCUCCUCCCAGAGAGUGGAGAGCUAAUCCAGCAUCCUUGGCCAACUUGAUUAAGGUUUACCGGAUAUCAAGGAUGACGUCGGUUCCAUCACUUAUGGAGAUAAUACUACCUGAUCUGGCGAAAAUACUUUCUGGUGGUUGUAACCCGCUUAAGAUCCUAAUAUUUAGCGGGGAACUUCUGUCCAUCUUAUUGUGGAAGAGGGUCUAUGAAGUUCUGCCAGAGACUACUAUCAUAAAUCUGUACGGAACAACGGAGGUUUCUGGUGAUUGUACAUUCUUUGAUUGCAAAGAUUUGCCUACUAUUUUGGAGCGAGAAGAACUAAGCAGUGUACCGAUUGGAUUUCCUAUCUCAAAUUGUGAGGUUUCUCUUGUCACCGAAGAUGGACUAGCAGAUGAAGGUGAAAUAUCUGUCAGUGGAGCAUGCUUGUUUUCUGGAUAUUUAGCUGAUCCCAUGACAAGUAUCUGCCCUGGCAAUGAUGAAAUUUUAGCACACUACAAAACAGGUGACUUUGCUCGACGCCUAAAGACUGGUCAACUUAUUUUCCUUGGGAGAAAGGACCGUACUUUUAAGACUUAUGGGCAGCGUUUCUCACUGGAGGAGGUAGAAUCCAUCUUAAGAGAACAUCCUGAUGUCAAUGACGCCGCUGUUACUUUUCAAGGUAAUGGAUCUCUGGAUUUUAAGGCAUACCUGGUACUGAAGAGUAACAAUGAAUUUUUGAAAUAUACUCAGCAUUGUAGUCGAUUAAAUUCUUCUCAAGAUAUCAUGGCACCAGUUCGAAGUUGGCUCAUCACAAAGCUUCCACUAGCUAUGGUUCCAAGGCUCUUUAUCCCCGUGAAAUCAUUACCUUUGACUUUAUCAGGAAAGAUUGACUAUGCAAAGUUAUGUAGCUUGGAGUGUGCCUUGGAACCUUGUGAAAUUGAGUCAGAAAGCAGUCCAGAUGAUGCUCAUAUGCAAGUUAUCAAAAGGGCAUUUUCUGAUGCCCUACACGUUGAUGAAGUUUCCGAGUAUGAUGACUUCUUUGCCUUGGGCGGUAAUUCAAUUUCUGCUGCACAUGUGGCUCACAAGUUGAAGAUCGACAUGAGACUUCUUUAUAUCUAUACCACCCCUUCUAAGCUUUUGCAUGCUUUAUUUGUGGAGAGCAGUCAUGUAGUUUCUCCUACUCAUGAGUUUCACGACAAGAAGAGGUUGAAAGUAUCCACAAGCAUAUCAGGCUCCUUUGAUCCAGUUUCUGCAAAUUUGGAUAAUAACUUUCGUGGCAAAGGGAAUAUAAAUGAAGAGGGCACACACGACCAGUUUGUGGGGAAUAAUGUAAAUAAAACAGUUGGCCAGCUUAAUAAAAAUAUGACUUGUGAUAGACACCGGGCGAAAGAUGAAAACCUCUGCUCAGAUACAUGCUCGAAUGAUGGAAUUUUCAGUGGCACUCCAUCAUCACCAUGGAUCCUAAACUUUUAUUUACAAAAGAAGUGGUCUUUUGGUUGUUGCAAUAAAUUUAUGCAUGGUUCUGAAGGGCUCCUACAAGUUGAAGAUACUUGCACAUCUAUGUCAUACAACAAAAGAGGUUACCUCAUGAAACUUUGGGACGUUCCUCUGGAUUCGUGUGUUGAUGCCUCACCUUUGCUUGUCGUGAACAAUGGGGUGAUGAGCAUUUUUAUUGGUUCUCAUUCUCAAUUGAUUCUCUGCAUUGAUGGUUGUAGCGGUUCAGUGAGGUGGAGUAUCAAAUUGGAAGGUCGUAUUGAGUGUUCUGCCACCGUAACUGGUGAUUUCUCAGAGGUGGUCGUUGGAUGUUAUAAUGGGAAAAUUUAUUUCAUUGAUAUGUCUACAGGAAAACUAUCCUGGACCUAUCAAACUGAUGGGGAGGUAAAAAUGCAACCAGUUGUGGACAGAAUGAGGAACAUAAUAUGGUGUGGCUCCUAUGACCAUUACUUAUAUGCAUUAAAUUACAAAGACCAUUGCUGCACUUACAAAAUUUCUUGUGGUGGAAGCAUUUAUGGUUCUCCUGCUAUAGACAUGGCACAAAACAUAAUCUAUGUUGCAUCUACGAGUGGCCUUGUGACUGCAGUAUCAUUUGAGGAACCAUCAUUCAAGAUGGUUUGGCAAUACGAAGCUGGUGCACCAAUUUUUGGUUCCCUUGCCUUAGAUCAUCAAAGUGGAAAAGUUAUUUGUUGCUUGGUGAAUGGCCUAGUUAUGGCAUUGAACUCACAAGGCAUUGUUAUUUGGAAGGCAACUGUUGGUGGUCCUAUUUUUGCUGGUGCAUGUUUGUCGUCCACCCUCCCCUAUCAGGUGCUCAUACCUUCCCGUGAUGGCAGUUUAUACUCUUUUGAUGUUACUUCCGGUGCCCUUCUUUGGGUAUACAAUGUUGGAGAUCCAAUUACUGCAUCAGCCUUUGUUGAUGAGAUGUUAACAUCAGAGUCAUCUGGGCCAUCUGAGAGAUAUGCUAGUGUCUGCACGAGUUCUGGGAAGGUCCAUGUCAUCAGGAUUAGAGCUGAUGCUAAGCCGGAGCAGGCUGGGGAAGGUGUUAAAUAUGAGGAGUUGGUCCAAGGAUUGGCGUCCAUUGAUCUUCCAGGUGACAUAUUCUCAUCACCCUUGAUGGUCGGUGGACGCAUCUUUGUUGGAUGCAGAGAUGAUCGGUUGCAUUGUCUCACGGUCACCACGUAGCUUCAAGUGGAUUUUGUUGGAGGUCCGAGGUGAUAUAAUUUGCCUGGCUGUCUGACCGACAUCAUGUCUUCUGGGAUGAGCCUUUUCUUACUGAUAAGGCACAGGGUGUAGCACCAUGCAGGACAAGAUAUGCCCCAACGUGAGUGGCCUGAUCAAUCGACAAACGACUAGGGGUGAGUUGAAGAAGCCCCUGCCUCCUGGUGGUUGGAUCUCCAAUGGUUGCUUUGCAUGUCAGCACAUGUGACAGCAGCCUGCUCGCGAUGCAAAUGCAACCUGAAAGGUGAUGGAUGAAGUGAGUGCCUGUCUUCCAACCCGACAUUGUCAUCACGGGACUUGCAUUCACCCCAUGUAUAGCCAUUGCUGGGGUCCUGCAGGGUUGUUGAGUCAUGCUUUUGUUCCCUGUGUUCUCCCACAUUGCUCAGAUGUCCAUGUUCGGUGAUGGGCAGAGCCGCAGAGGGCCGUUAAAAUUGCUGCAGAUGAGACCAACGCAAGCAGUGUUCUAGCUGGCAAUUUUCCUGCUACAUCUUUACAGUACGAUUCUUGCACCAAAAGGUGCCUCAUCAGCGUGGCCACGUCAGCGCGGCUUGUCUCGGCCGUCGGAUCAACCCAUGGACGGCUUGGAUCGUGCUAGCCACAUUCAUUUUUCAAAAAAACCCUCGAAGUUUAGCAAAAACAACCCGCAGUACAAUGACAUCUUCUCGAUGUUUCGUCUGGCGUCGUCCCUUGCUUGCCGCGCCGGCCGCCUCCGCCUCCCUCUCUCGUCGUGCCGGCCGCCAGGCGCUGGCCCUCCCUUUCUCCCUGCAUCCCCGCACGGCACAUAGAGAUGUAGAUUCUACAACUGAUAAUUCUAUUGUUGUGGCUUUGUCCAAAUUUCAAACUGUUUCUGUGCCAUCGAAAUGUAUAAUAUAAUUACAACUUCUCAAUGUAGUAGUAAUGUAAAGCAAUCAAGCAAAUGAAAAAACACUGAACUAUAUAUCA